CGCCUCCUUAUCUGUCGGUGAAGAGUCAUAUCAAUGCGUCUCAUGUUGAUAGUGAGCUAUAUGCUAGAUUCGUUUUCCCCGUCGGCUUACGAAGGGUUCCUAACUAUUGCUUGUUGCCCAGAUUGAACGUAAUGCUUCGGUGUGACUUGGCAGCUCACUCAUCUCUUACACCACACUCUGGACUUGACACUUAGGCUCACAUGAUUGAGCGAUUUGACGUAAGUGGUGAAAGCCAGAUGUAUGAGUGUAUCUGUACCUUGGUACAUGAGCUGACUGACUGCAUUGGGGUAUUGCAAACCAAGGCCGCUGUAAUUCCGCGCUGACAAACGGAAGACCUCCGCUGCGUAUUGUUGAUUGUUUGGUCAUUUAUAGAAGUUGCGCAAUACAACAAGAGAAGUGCACCUGAAAAUCAACAUAGCAUUCAGUUUGAACGAUGGCCGAUCCAAAUCUCUACACGUAUGCGUCUCCUCUGAAAGGCUACGAAGGCCUCGAGCCAUUACCCGAUGAAAGGGCUGAGGACGGGAAAUCCUACGUAAACCCACCAGCCGAGAAGAAGAGCGAAGCAUACAAGUCCUUUGUAGCUCCUAUAACCAAUGGAAUUCGAGGAGGGUUCGACGUUCACAUUUACUUCCUCCAGUCUGAUGAAGAGGAGGUCAAGUUCGCCAACGAGCUGUGGGAACGGAUACGCCGCGAAUUCCCCGAGUUGCGCAUUUACCGAGUAUGGGAUCGACCCAUUGGUCCUCAUCCUCUGGCCAUGUUUGAAGUCAACAUCUUCACACCCGAGCAAUUCGGUGCUUUCAUUCCCUGGCUCGUGAUCAACAGAGGGCCAUUGUCUGCGCUGAUUCACCCAAACACCGACGAUGAGUUGAGAGACCACACGCAAAGAGCGACAUGGAUGGGCCAACCACUGCCUGUGAGUACAAAGAUGUUCAAGAAGACGGCGGAGACAUUGUAGGGACAACAGUGGGGACUGUAAUGUAUAGAUGUGAUUUAGUGGUAUCUUCUGGUGCACCGCACUCUAUUGAGUCUCCGUGCAUUGGUGCCGCGUUUUACAGGAUUUCGUCGUCCAAGUCAUUGUUGUGC